AUGGCUAAGUCCCCUGCGACUGUAACGAAGUGGAGUCCACCACUGGGCGAGGGGUAUAAAACCAACUAUGAUGGAGCAGUUUUUGAAGAGGCGGGAGAGGCAGGGAUAGGUGUGGUGGUGCAAAACGGAAAUGGCGAAGUACUUGCUGCACUUUUAGAAAAAAUACCUUACCCCGGUACGGUGGAGUUGGUGGAAAUCCUAGCUGCAAGAAGGGCUGUACAGUUCAUUGCAGAAUUGGGCAUGGCACAGUCAAUAUUUGAAGGAGACUCAGAGAGUGUUUACAAGGCUUUGAAGUCAGGUGAUGUGGGUCACUCCUCAAUUGGUCAGUAUGUGAAAGACAUAAUGUCUAUUUCCGGUUUGAUUCGAACUUUCUCUUUCUCUCAUAUUAGGAGGCAGGGUAAUUGUGUAGCUCAUGUCUUAACAAAGAGAGCAAGAUUUGCAUUUCCAUUGUUAGUCUGGAUGGAGCAUGUUCCACCGGAUGUGAUUCCUUUUUCGAAGUUUGGCAAGAGAUAUGAAGGCAAAGUGGCCAUUGUCACAGCUUCGACUCAGGGCAUUGGCUUCUCCAUUGCCGAGCGUCUUGGCUUGGAAGGUGCCUCUGUCGUCGUCUCUUCUCGCAAACAGAAAUAUGGGAAAAUAGAUGUGGUUGUAUCGAACGCAGCUGCUAAUCCUUCAUUUGAUGACAUUUUGCAAACUCAAGAAUCUGUCCUGGAUAAGCUUUGGGAGAUAAAUGUCAAAUCGUCCAUCCUUAUUUUACAGGAUGCAUCUCCUCACUUGCAGAAGGGUUCUUCAGUGGUUAUUAUUUCCUCUUUUACUGCCUACCAACCACCAGCUACCAUAGCUAUGUAUGGGGUGACUAAAACAGCCCUUCUUGGGCUUACAAAGGCCCUUGCAGCUGAAAUGGCACCAAAUACGCGCGUAAACUGUGUUGCUCCUGGUUUUGUACCAACAAGGUCUGCCGCAUUACUUAGAACAAAUGAUGCUUUUAUGAAGGAGAUUGAGCAGGGGACUUUACUUAACAGGCUUGGUACCACACAAGACAUGGCUGCUGCCACUGCCUUUUUGGCAUCUGAUGAUGCUUCUUAUAUAACAGGAGAAAUUCUAGUGGUGGCGGGAGGGUUGCCUUCUAGACUCUAGAUCCCUUUCUAUAUGGCUAUGUGUUGUCUUCUACCGUUCUACUCAUAGAAACCCUUCAGUUUAAUACUUGUUUCCAAUGUAACAAUUAAAAAGCAAGAAUUUUUUUUUUUUUUUUUUUUUCCUUUUUACUUUUGAUGAAUAAGAAACUUUAUUCAAACAAAGCAAAGAAUCAAAUACAAGCAGCAUUUACUGCAGACGAUUUUCAGGCAACGAACUACUUCCUCAUUCAAGAAUCAAAUGGGCACUCUUUUCACCCGUGGUGGUGGUGGGAUUGGAAAGAAGAGGUCCAAUCUCCCA